CUCAGACACAGCGGAUCACUGAUCCAUGGAAAGAGCCGAAGAUGUCAGCUCAGUCAUGUGAUCAGCUGUGUCCAAUCACAGCUGAUCGCAUGGGACAUGUACACUGAUCAUCAGGGCACUGAUGAUCAGUGUGCCCUGAUGAUCAGUGUAGCCCCAGCAGUGCCACCUGUCAGUGCCCAUCAGUGCCACAUCAAUGCCACAUAUCUGUGCCCAUCUGAGCUGCCUUUCAGUGUCACCUAUCAGUGCUAGUCAGUGCCACCUAUCCAUGCCAGUCAGUGUCACCUAUCAGUGCUGCCAAUCAGUGCCGCUUAUCAGUGCCAGUCAGUGCCGCCUAUCAGUGCCAGUCAGUGCCGCCUAUCAGUGCGCUGCAGUG